AAGCUUUUGGAGGAAGAGGAUGGAGGGAAGGAAGGAUUUGGGUUCGAUCCUGCCGUUCAUUCCGUUGAUCCAACGGUCGUCGGCACUCUUGUGGCCUUCUCCGGCGGAGGAGGCCCUCAAGGCACUCUCCCUCGGCCCUGACCUCAGCCGCGUGGACUCCGGCGAGGUCUUCUUCGACGCCAUUCUCGAUCUCAGGGACGCCCUUGGCCUCUCCCAUGAUGUCUUGGCUUCUAAGGCCGCUAAUGGUUAUGCUCUCUUCUUCGAUAAGCUGAUGUCUAGGAUGGAUUCCAGGAUGUGGUUUGGUGAGGUUGUUCCGGGGCUAGCUAGACUGUUGUUGUGUUUGCCUUCUCUUCUAGAAACCCACUAUCAGGAUUUGGUUGAAAAGUUUGAAGAACAAGCUGGGCUUCGCAUAAUGGGUCAGCAAGAAUCCGGCAUUGUUUUUCUCAGUCAGGAGUUAAUUGCAGCUCUGCUCACCUGUUCACUGUUCUGUUUGUUUCCUAUGCGUGUUAGGCAUGGCAAAGAUCUUCCAUCACCCAUCAACUUUGAUUAUCUCUUUGCAGCUCUUCAUGCCAAUACAAAACAGAGCCAGGAACAGAAAAUAAGGUGCCUUAUUCACUAUUUUGAGAGGGUAUGCUUGCGCAUGCCCACAGGUUACGUUUCCUUUGAGCGAAAAGUUCUUUCUGUGGAGCCUAGAUCUGACUGCGUAACAUAUCCAAAGGAUGAUUUUUGGAGGAAUUCUUCUGUUCCGCUCUGCUCUUUUGAGGUCUUUCCUGAGGGGUUUAUUGAAGAUCAAAACCAUGAAGCUCUGGAGGUAGAUUUUGCUAAUGAAUUUUUAGGAGGGGGGGCUUUGGUUUGGGGUUGUGUGCAGGAAGAGAUCAGAUUCAUGAUCAAUCCAGAAUUAAUUGCUGGCAUGCUUUUCAUGGCUUCCAUGGAAGGGAAUGAGGCUAUCGAAAUUGUCGGUGCAGAAAGGUUUUCAUCUUAUAUAGGAUAUGGUUCUUCAUUUCGUUUUGUGGGUGAUUUCCUGGAUCAGAAGCCUUCUGAUUUAAUGGGCAGGAGAAAGACCAGGAUUGUUGCAAUAGAUGCUUUGGACCGUCCAAGAUUCAGACAAUAUACAGUUGAGGGCCUUCUUCGGGAGACCAACAAAGCCUUUUGUGGAUUUUCUGAUCAAUCAAAUUAUCAAUGCUAUCAUAAGAUUUUUCAAGGGAUUGGUUCUCCCAAAAACCUUUCACACCAGUACAACAGAGAAGUUCACAACCAGCCUCCCAACAUUGUUAUAGUCGGUAAUAGCACAUCUACUCAGCCUGAAGAAACCGAUUGCACAAAUAAUAUAGUUUAUGAAUAUCUAGACAUUGGCAUUGCGACCGGGAAUUGGGGUUGUGGAGCUUUCGGUGGAGAUCCUGAGAUCAAAAGUAUAGUCCAGUGGCUUGCAGCAUCACAGGCUUUGCGACCGUUCAUUCAUUACUAUACCUUCGGAGACGCGGCUUUGCAAAGAUUAGAACAGGUUACCAGAUGGAUAUUGUUGCAUGGAUGGACAGUGGGAGAUUUAUGGAGCAUUUUGAUGGAGUACUCAGCUCAAAGAUUAAACAGAGAAAUUAACAUUGGGUUCUUUAGCUGGCUUCUGCCUCGGCUCAAUCACAGUAUUGAAGAUUCUUCUUAAAUGUCUGAAUAACUACUUCUAUUUGUGUAUUUUCUCAAAGAUAAAUAAACAAUUAUUCUAAUUUAUGUGAAUAAUAGUUUGAAAAAUAAAAUAGUGAUGAGUUGAAAAGGAUAUAUAUAGACAAAAUGUAAUAAACACGUAUUAAAGAUGUGUACAGGUAUAGAGCAGGGUCAUAAGCACUUGUGAUCUCAAGUCUUUGUUUUA